AAAAGAGGUAAAAGAUUUGCAAUUGGCCAUAAUAUCAGCAGCCAUCAGCCGAAACCAUGGAGAGAAAUGGAGAGUGAAACUUGUCAGAUGAACCAGCAAGUAAAAAACAGUAGCUGUAAGUUAAUUAUGUAAAGGCUUCAAACUAGUUGGUGAUAAACCAUAGACCCACCCCCAGUGACCCACCAUCAGUGACCACCAUGGGAACGGGGAGUUCAUUUCAACGUGAUGAAGAUGGGGAUAUAUCGGACAGCAAUCCGGGAGUCAUUAAACGGAUUCCCAUUGAGCUUAAGCCUAGGAGAACCCUCGGUGGGACAUUACGCUCUGUCGGCUCAUUUGGAAGGCGUCCCAAAGGGGUCAGUCUUAGGUCGGCCAUGUCAGUUGAUAUGGAUAGCUCAGAAGGAGAUAAGAUACGCCGUGAGUUUGAGAUGUACAAGAUCGGCAAACAGAACGAGAUGAGUGAUCUCAUCAAGAAGGAGAAGAAACUAGAAAGCGAGAAUCGACGACUACGUGCAGAGCUCCAGGCAAUGCAGAAAACUUGCAAUAAACUUAGGCAGGAACGUGAUAUGGCUCUAGAUGCAGAAUACCAAGCACUAGAAAGAGCAGCAACCUUUGAGCAAGACCGGAAUAAAGUCCAGCGUCAAUUUAAGAUUUUUCGAGAGACUAAGGAGAGUGAGAUUCGAGAUUUGUUGAAGGCAAGAAGUCAUCUUGAAGCCACACUCCAUAUGAAUGGUCAUGAAUCAACCAUGAAUGACCAGAACUGUGUCGGCAAUUCACUAGAUCCAGGUAACUCCUAUCCAGGUGACUGGUGGACAGCUUUAGAAAGUGAGCCCUCGCUUGGCAGCAUGUCACAAUUGCAGACAUUACCACGAGGUCAUGAAAUCUCACCUAAUCUCACAGAUAUUGACAGUACCUUCACAAGUCUCAAUAGAGGUGAAGAAAGUCCAGAAUCUGUAGUUGCCUGGAAUCAAGUGAUGCUGAGUCUACCGCAGAGUUCACAGUACAAUAUAAUCAGAGUGUAUGUCUCUGCCCCACAGAACAUGCAAAAGGAAGUGGAUAUAAUGAAAAAGGAGUUUGAACCUAAACUGAGGGAUCUAUGCGAGAUGGAAGGACGUUUUUUCCUGAUGGUCCAUUUACCAGUCUCAGAAAGUACAAUCAACACAUACUCUGAUGAGGAACUGCUCAAGGCUCACGCUAUACAUAAAAGACUUGUCCAGGAUUGCAGUAUUUUUCUAGCCUUCUUCGAGGAACAAACAAAUCUGUUUACUUGCGAUGAGUUUGAACUAGGUCAUUUGAAUGACCCAGGUGCUAGGUCAGCAAUCUUCUGCUUCAGAAACCCAAUAUAUAAAGGGUCUAAACCAAACCAAGGAGAGGCGAAAGACUUAAAGAAUCGAGUAAAUAAGACGGGAUGUGCAAAGAUUAUCUCUAAUUAUAACGAACCUCAUGAAGGUGUAGAACAGGCAUUUGCAGAACUUAAAAGAACAGUGCAAUUGGAGUUGGGAGUAGAUACUUACGUAGAACCAGAGAUGAAGUAUGCUCAGACAGAGCUUGAUAUGACAUAUGAAGAGCUGUGUGCGGGAUGUCAAUGGGAUAUGCACGGUGAUGGGGAGCAACGAGAAAUGUUCCAUACUGCUUCCGUAUCUACAUGUGAACUGGGAUUUGAAAAGCAUUAUGAGCGAUUGAAUGAACACGUUGCAGCAGCAGGACCUUUGCCUCCUUUUCUUGUGAGCGGGAUACCUGGCGCAGGUAAAUCACUCCUAGUUGCUAAAUGGAUAGCGCUACAUCAGAGAAGAUCGCCGGAUAGUCUGGUGCUCUAUCACUUUGUUGGGAGUCCUGCGUCAUGCAGCGCCAAUGCUGUCAGUAUGGUUCGAAGACUAACUGCACUGUUGAUGCAGUAUGUGACAUCCCCACCAGUAUUAACCUGUGAACCUACUCGACUCAUUGAAGAGUUUCCUCAAUGGUUAGAGCGAGUUUCAUCUCGAUUACCGGGUGGUAUUAUACUUGUCAUUGAUUCACUGGAUAAAAUACAGAAUGCUGAAUGUCAUUUACAGUGGUUGCUAGAUCCUCUGCCUGUCGAUACCAGAAUUAUUGUGACUGCUAAUCCUGAUAACUGUCUCCCAGCUUGGAGGUCUUGGUUGACUCUUCAUUUGGAACCCCUCGGUACCCGUCACGCUAAGGAACUACUCCACUCCCUCAACCAAGAGAGAAACUUCCCGUUGACCAGCGAGCAAGAGGUUCUGACCCUAUCGCACUGUCGUACCCCUGCAACACGCCUUCCCCUCUACCUCACGGUCCUUAUUGAUGAGCUGACGCAUUGCGGUGGAGGGAGAGUGACCGAUACUACACUGGACAUGUGUUUACAGCAUGCCGAUACAGUAGAGAUGUAUAGAUACAUAUUGGAAUCAUUAGAAGACCAACAUGAGGACAGUAAAUGUAGAGGAAUAAUCAAGAGGAUAUGUCAGCUGGUGUAUGUAUCUCGUAACGGUGUAUCAGAAUGGGAGUUAUUUAAGUUACUUCCUGAUCUGACUUGGGUGAUAUGGGCACCGUUAUGCUACGACCUCCAGGAUCGGCAUGUCUUAACAUUCAGAGCUGGUGCAUUGCUAUUUGCCUAUGAACAGGUACAAGAGGCAGUUCAGCUGAGUUACUGUAUGGGUGUAAACGAGCGAGACCUUGUAGCUACCACUCAUCAUCUCAUCUCAUACUACUCAAAGAAUCUCAAACCUGGCAGUGUGACUGCACGCCUUGCCGAUGAGCUUCCAUACCUUAUUGAAUCCGUAGGAAAUAAGGAACAGCUCCGAGAGUGUCUUACCAACCUUUGUGUAUUCCGCUUACUCUACACUAGAGGGCGCUGUUCAGAGUUACUGGAAUACUGGGCAACUAUAGGAUUGGAUAAACAGGGAAUGGCUAAAGUGUACUUUGAUGCUGUAAAGGAAGUAGAAGAAGUGUAUGCUGGUAUGCUGUCACUGCCUACAAUAGCAUUCUUACAUGAGAUGUUAGGCAGAUUCCUUAAAGACAUGGGACUACUUAUUCAGGCUGUACGUCCUUUGCAGAGAGCUCUAGAGAUACGCGAGUCUGUGGAUCCAGAUCAUCCUAGCGUUGCGCAAUCAUUUCACUUAUUAGGCGGACUGCAUGGACAAUGGGGGAAGUAUUCAACUGCCGAGGCUUAUUAUAAGCAAGCUCUUGAGAUCAGUGAGAAUGCUUAUGGGGGCGAUCACCCUACCGUGCUGAAAAUGCUGGACUCUUUAGCUGUACUCUACAAAAAGCAAAACAAGCAUGAGCAAGCAGAACCUCUUCAAAGGAGAAUGUCAGCUAUUGUCAAACGAUCUCGACCAACACAAAUACCUCCUCAUCAAAAGGGCGCCCUCAAUGCCUUAAAAAAGCGCAGUCUACAGCUACAAGAGCUGGCGACAGGGCCAGAUUCUUUAGAGCUAGCUAAGACGUUAAAUGAGCUUGGAGUGUUGUACUAUCUGCAGAGUGACACCAGUAAUGCAGAAUUAAACUUGCAGCGUUCUCUGUCGAUCCGAGAGAGCUUUCUAGGAGAGCAGCAUCUGGACGUAGCGCAAUCAUUAAACAAUCUUGCCGCAUUGUACAAUGAUAACAAAGAGCUGAGUAAGGCUGGGGUACUUUAUGAACGAGUAUUAUUCAUCAGGAAAGCUCUAUUACCUGCCCAUCAUCCUACUGUGGUGUCGUCGAUACGGAAUCUAGGAAUGCUGUAUCGUAAACAGGGUAAAUACGCUGAGGCUGAGCCCCUGUAUAUUCAAGCAGUGGAAACUAAGGAGAGGUGUCUGGGUGCUAACCAUUCUAGUGUAGCUACAGCACUAGUUAAUUUAGCUGUUCUUUACUGUCAAGAGAGUAAACACACCCAAGCUCUUCCGCUUUAUGAGCGUGCAUUGGCAAUAUACGAGGAGAAUCUAGGACCUCAUCACCCAAGAGUUGCCGAAACCUUGCGCAAUCUCGCCGUCCUCCGCUAUGAACAAGGAGACUUCAAAAAUGCUGCCAUUCUUUACAAACGGGCAAUGGACAUUAAGGAAAUGGAAACUGCAUUCGCCAAGAAGCCAUUCUCAAGAAGGUCCUCAAGUGGUGGCUCUUCUGUUAUGAGGCCUAUAAUACCUAUGAGUCCACAGCUCCUCUUCAAUGACAAUAGGUAGCAGGAGGUUUAUCACCCAUAAGGCUAAGCAUACCUAUGAGUCCACAGCUCCUCUUCAAUGACAAUAGGUAGCAGUAGGUUUAUCACCCAAGAGGCUAAUCGUACCUAUGAGUCCACAGCUCCUCUUCAAUGACAAUAGGUAGCAGGAGGUUUAUCACCCCAUGAGGCUAAUCAUACAUAUGAGUCCACAGCUCCUCUUCAAUGACAAUAGGUAGCAGGUGGGUUAUCACCCCAUGAGGCUAAUCAUACCUAUGAGUCCACAGCUCCUCUUCAAUGACAAUAGGUAGCAGGAGGUUUAUCACCCAUGAGGCUAAUCGUACCUAUGAGUCCACAGCUCCUCUUCAAUGACAAUAGGUAGCAGGAGGUUUAUCACCCAAGAGGCUUAUCAUACCUAUGAGUCCACAGCUCCUCUUCAAUGACAAUAGGUAGCAGGAGGUUUAUCACCCAAGAGGCUAAUCAUACCUAUGAGUCCACAGCUCCUCUUCAAUGACAAUAGGUAGCAGGAGGUUUAUCACCCAUGAGGCUAAUCAUACCUAUGAGUCCACAGCUCCUCUUCAAUGACAAUAGGUAGCAGGUGGUUUAUCACCCAUGAGGCUAAUCGUACCUAUGAGUCCACAGCUCCUCUUCAAUGACAAUAGGUAGCAGGAGGUUUAUCACCCAUGAGGCUAAUCAUACCUAUGAGUCCACAGCUCCUCUUCAAUGACAAUAGGUAGCAGGAGGUUUAUCACCCAUGAGGCUAAUCGUACCUAUGAGUCCACAGCUCCUCUUCAAUGACAAUAGGUAGCUGGAGGUUUAUCACCCAUGAGGCUAAUCAUACCUAUGAGUCCACAGCUCCUCUUCAAUGACAAUAGGUAGCAGGAGGUUUAUCACCCAUGAGGCUAAUCGUACCUAUGAGUCCACAGCUCCUCUUCAAUGACAAUAGGUAGCAGGUGGUUUAUCACCCAUGAGGCUAAUCGUACCUAUGAGUCCACAGCUCCUCUUCAAUGACAAUAGGUAGCAGGUGGGUUAUCACCCCAUGAGGCUAAUCAUACCUAUGAGUCCACAGCUCCUCUUCAAUGACAAUAGGUAGCAGGAGGUUUAUCACCCAUGAGGCUAAUCAUACCUAUGAGUCCACAGCUCCUCUUCAAUGACAAUAGGUAGCAGGAGGGUUAUCACCCAAGAGGCUAAUCAUACCUAUGAGUCCACAGCUCCUCUUCAAUGACAAUAGGUAGCAGGUGGUUUAUCACCCAUGAGGCUAAUCGUACCUAUGAGUCCACAGCUCCUCUUCAAUGACAAUAGGUAGCAGGAGGUUUAUCACCCAAGAGGCUUAUCAUACCUAUGAGUCCACAGCUCCUCUUCAAUGACAAUAGGUAGCAGGAGGUUUAUCACCCAAGAGGCUAAUCAUACCUAUGAGUCCACAGCUCCUCUUCAAUGACAAUAGGUAGCAGGAGGUUUAUCACCCAUGAGGCUAAUCGUACCUAUGAGUCCACAGCUCCUCUUCAAUGACAAUAGGUAGCUGGAGGUUUAUCACCCAUGAGGCUAAUCAUACCUAUGGGUCCACAGCUCCUCUUCAAAGACAAUAGGUAGCAGGAGGUUUAUCACCCAUGAGGCUAAUCAUACCUAUGGGUCCACAGCUCCUCUUCAAUGACAAUAGGUAGCUGGAGGUUUAUCACCCAUGAGGCUAUUCGUACCUAUGAGUCCACAGCUCCUCUUCAAUGACAAAUGAUGCCUACUUUUUCAACUGGUAUUAAUCUGUCCUUAAAUAGUUUUUACUUGUUUCUAUUUUUCUACUUAAACAUUUUUUUUAUAUACUAUUUAAACUUUGCUGCAAAUUCGGGCCUUGUUUUAUAACCAUGCUUGGAUCUAUCUAAGAUGUAUGUCUUCCAUUUUUCAUUUUCCAUUUUUUUAAACCAAAUCAUUGGAUUCGAAUUGUACUGGAACACCAAAAUAUCAGCAUUCAAAUAAGGUCUUAAAUAAUUUUGUAUAUUUAUUUAUAGAAAAGAAGAAAUUUUUGGAUCAGUUUAGAUCAGUGGUUUCCCCCCUGUCUUUCACCUCUAAGGAACCCGGUUCGAAUCCCACCUCAGACUGCAGCCUAUGCCUUGCAUGUUGAUUGGGUUUUCAGUCCCUACCUAAUUGCUUGGAUUUCCCCACAGUGGGUUUUUCCUACUACAUCUACUAAUCUUGAGCAUUUCUUUUUGUUUCCUAUUCAUUCUGUUUAUUGGCGCUAAUUGUGCUGAAGGAUGAAAUAAAUAAAUACAAGGGAUAAUGAUUUAAUUUGAUUUAAAAUGAUGGCAUUUCAAUCUUUUGGUAACCUCUGGAGUUGUAGAUUUUAAGGAGCUUCUGUGAACAGUUUACUUGGCGCUAGUAGAUAAAAAAGAAUUUCUUAACAUCUGAAUAAAAUAAAAGCUAACAUUUUGAUACAGAUUUUUCACCAGGCAGACAGUACUAAGUCUGAAUACUAUAGGUUCUGCAGAAAUUAAUGCAGAUCUUAUAGAGCAGUCAAUGCAAUAUUUGUGUACAUUAUGUUUAUACCUAUUUAUAUUACACUUAUUGUAUAUUAAAAAAUACAUAUUUUUACAAUUUCAGUUUACUGUAAUUUUUAGUGUGUAUUCAUUGUAAGAAUAUGAAGUUUCAAUUUCAUUUGGGAAGAUUUGAUAAAUUAACUUUACUAUUCAUAAAUGCCAAAAAGAGAAAAAGGUUGACAAUGACAAUGUCAACUCAACAUUCCUGCUAGUGAAACUUUUAAGACACAGUAGUGGAUCGUGGAAACAAAAAUUACUCUAAAUCUUUCAGUGCCUGCGUUAUACACCCAAACUGCUCAGCUUUUUCUGGAUAGAACUAUACUACCUGGGUGGAUAUGUGCGCACUACAAGUCUUUAUUAUUAUUUAGAAUCGGCCAGGACCAAUACUUGUAUGGCUUUUAGUGGAUCGUUAUUCACACUCAAACUGAAAUAAUAGCACAACAAAACCAAGUACAUGUAGUUUGUUUUAGUAAAACAUUUAAUAUUUUCACCAUGCAUUAUUAUAUAUAGUUCCAAACAAGUCAAUUAUUAUGACUUAUUUUAAUUAGAUUUCACAUUGAUCGAAUAUUUUAUAUUAAUAAACACCAUGGAGAGUUUGUGCAAUCCAAUUGGUCGAAGACUGGUCACUUGGGAUGUAUUAACAUAAGAAUGAGGGCAAAUACAUGGCCCCUAAACAAGCAUUAUUGUUGUGUUCAAGUUCAGUAUGCACUGUGCGUGUUGUGCGUUAACUAUCAAAUUAACUAAUUUUUUAGGCAAGGACAAUGCUGAAUGCAUGCGCAUACCACACGUACAGGGGAAUUGCAGACAAUGUAUCAAUUUAAGGUAGCUGGUUCGCGCAUGAAACUAACAUAAUGCAAAGCAUAAACACCAACCAAGUUCUUUCAAAUAUAAAUAGCGUAAUAUGUGUAAGAAAUUAGGUUCCAUGCACUAAUGUAACAGCCUAAAAAAUGGCUCUUGAACAUGAAUAGAACAAUUCUACAAAUAUCAGCAAAAGAAAAAAAUAAUGAGAAUUUGUUUUCUCAUGGUUUUUACAAAUGUUUUUUUAGUUAAAGGCAUUUAUUAAUGGCAAUAGCAGUGUGAGGAGCUGUCUUCACUGCGUGGUAAUGAUCUUCGUUGGUUGUUGGCCGCUGUUAUUGGUGGUCCAUUAACAGCGGCCAACUACAUACCCGAUCUUUACUAUUCGGAGAUGACCAGUUCCUCACGCUAUUAUUGCCCAAAUAAAUGAAAAUAUCCAUGUCAAGACAUUGAGAAAAGUAAAUGGUUUGGAAUUAUCCAUGUCCAAUACACAAGUUGUCAACAUUUGAAUAUACAUGUGUACCUAUCCAGGGCCCAAUUUCACAAAGCAGUCUGCUGAGCGAAUUCCUUUGCUAAGCAAUAAAUAAGUGGGGUUCCAGUCACGGCAAUGUUAAAUGUACAGUAUUUUGGCUGGUAACCUCUUGUUUGGCUGGUAACCUUUUUUUUUAUUUUAAGCAAGAGUUGUCUGCGCUUAGCAAGCUUUUGUGCUUACAUGCUUUAUGAAAUUGGAUCCAGAUGUGGAUAGAAAUAAUUUGGGAGGGCUUGAUGUAUCAAACAUUGCUACCAUUCAAAGCAUGAGCUUUUUCCAAUUCCCAUUUUUUAUUUUAUUUUAUUAUUUUUUGGGGGUGGCUCAUUAAGAUGGCCCAUGUCCCUUCCACCCCCACCAGUGGUUACAACACUUUUCCAGAGACACAAAAUUAUAAGAUUUAAUACAGUUUUUACCCUUUAGGACUAAAACUCUAGGCCUGUAAGCCGAGGUACAUGUCUUUCCUAAUUUUUUAGCUUCAAUGUAUCAGAAGAUUAAAAUCCUCACAUA